AUGCCCCAUACAACUCGUCCCAAGAAAAAACAAAAACCCUCUCAGAACAGACGCACAACCAUAACCGACGAUUCCGGCUGGUCGCACGUCACCACCACCACCCGCGCACGGCGGACAUACAGAAACACAGGCCAAGAAAAAACCACAGAAACAGAGAAAGAAGAAUUGAAACCAGCAGAAGCACCGUCAAACCUAACGCUAGAUGGCCUCCAGCAACAGUUUAAUCGGCAUUAUGAACGCUGGACGACGUCGGAGAGUUGGGGUGUUGUGAGACAGAAUCUUCUUUCUCUUGCCCAUGCAUCUACGGACAUAUCUACAUCUGCAGAUGCAAAUGCAGACGCACCUACAGAUAUAUCUACAGAGGGGAUAAUAGAGAAUAUAAUCUGCAUCGGCCUCGGCAGUCCCAGUGGCUUCCUCCGUGGCGGCUGGGUAGACAGACGACAAGUCAGUCUCGUUCAAGUAGCGGCCCUCGUGAGAAUAAAAGAGUUAUUUCAAAAUGUGCGGGUAUACACCCAAGACCCCGUCUUCAACACCCUCGACAAAGCACUCUUCGAAUCCCUGGACUUGACAGUUGUCGACCACCCAGCUGGUUUUGAGAAGGUGUCUGAACGGUCAUUCCUUUUCUGUCCUGGGACGGAAAAAGGCCAUCUCGAAGAGCUCCUCGAGAAGAGGCCCAGAGCGUUGUUCGGUGGUCCAUUGGAGGAAAUGGGCGAUAGCGACUCCGUGAAAGCGUUCCUAGAUGGGAAAGUUGGAAAGAAAGUACCCAUCUUCGAGGGGGACGAAAAGGCGUUCUGGGGAAUGAGAGUUUACUUAUAG